UGAUAAAAUUAGCCCUCAAGAACCCAAAUAAGACUCAGAGAAAUCAGCGAUUUUAGAUCUGGAGAGAGAGAGAGAGAGAGAGAGAGAGAGAGAGAGAGAGAUUGCUUUGGCUGGUUUUCUGUCUGAAAUUAACAAAGCAUGGAACGGUAUGAGAUUAUGAAAAAUAUUGGGUCUGGGAAUUUCGGAGUAGCCAAGCUGGUUAAAGAUAAGAGGACCAGAGAACUCUAUGCUGUUAAGCUCAUUGAGAGAGGCCAGAAGAUUGAUGAACACGUGCAGAGGGAAAUCAUGAACCAUCGAUCAUUGAAGCAUCCUAAUAUUGUUAGAUUCAAAGAGGUCCUGCUAACACCAACGCAUUUAGCGAUAGUUAUGGAGUAUGCUGCUGGAGGUGAACUCUUUGAGAGGAUAUGCAGUGCUGGAAGAUUUAGUGAGGAUGAGGCAAGGUUUUUCUUUCAACAACUGAUAUCAGGGGUCAGUUACUGUCAUUCAAUGCAAAUCUGUCAUCGAGAUCUUAAACUUGAGAAUACACUCUUAGAUGGAAGCACAGCACCACGUGUUAAAAUAUGUGAUUUUGGGUACUCAAAGUCAUCUGUGUUGCAUUCACAACCAAAGUCUACUGUAGGGACGCCAGCAUACAUUGCACCUGAGGUCCUGUCUAAGAAAGAGUAUGAUGGAAAGAUUGCAGAUGUUUGGUCCUGUGGUGUUACCUUAUAUGUGAUGCUCAUUGGGGCAUAUCCCUUUGAAGAUCCUGGUGAUCCAAGAAACUUCAGAAAAACAAUUGGGCGGAUACUUAGUGUCCAAUACUCAAUUCCGGAUUAUGUCAGAGUUUCCAUGGAAUGUAAACAUCUUCUAUCUCGAAUAUUUGUGGCUAACCCAGAAAAGAGAAUAACGAUCCCAGAAAUUAAAAUCCACCCAUGGUUCUUAAAGAACUUGCCUGUAGAACUCGCGGAAGGAGGAAGCUGGCAGAGCAAUGAUGUAAAUAAUCCAUCCCAGAGUGUUGAGGAAGUAUUGGCGAUAAUACAAGAGGCAGGUAAAACUCUUGAUUUGCCUAAGGCUGGUGGGCUUUUGCUUGGAGGCAGCAGCAUGGAUCUUGAUGACUUGGAUGGUGAUGCAGAUGUUGAAGAUAUAGAAAUGAGUGGUGAUUUUGUGUGCCCACUAUGAGUGGAAGUGUAAAUAUAGAUCUUGCUUUGUUGAGGUAUUGGAUCCACUAUUCCCUGUUGUAUAAUCUGUGGUUGACAUUUGGUAGAUAAAAAGGGUCCUUCAAGUGUCACUUGCAUUACUUACUUUUCAUAGUUUUCUCAUAAUAAUUUCUGUUACGUUCUGUUUUUUAUUUUAUUGCAAUGAAGUUGAAGGUCCUAUUGAAACCA